UAAAGCCCGCUUGCUCUCUGAGAGGGAUGGUGGGCACGAGGACCCCCAGCAUAGCACACACCCUAUAUCCAUCCAUGCACCCCUAAGCAGCGCAUGAGAAUGGUGCCCAUGGGGCAAGACAAGCCAUGCCGCAGGCUGGAGGUGGCACAUCCCUAGCCCUGCUCGUUGGCUCCCAGCUGGCCCAGGAGAGCCCUGGCCAGCCCCACAGUGCCUGGGCUACCCGGACUGGGGGGGUGGCACAUUCCUGCCCCCAAGCCAGGACCAGAUUCCAGCCCCAUUAACGAGGCUCUGGGAUCCUGGCCACCAAGCACCCGCGAACUGCUGCGAUGACAGCAUUCACCCGCCUGCGGCCACCACACCGUGCCAUGCCGCAGCACUGGCUGCCUGCCCCAGCACAGCCCCAGCUAGUGUCAAAGUGGGGUCACCUCCGGAAGGAGCGUGGUCUCUGCAGGGGUGCCUGGUGCAGGCAGGGGCUGCAGGCAGGACACCCACUCACCCUCUGCCUCCGCAGACAGCAUGGGACGGGCUGAGGGUGCUUCAGAGCCUGGGGACCCUGACAGCGGUGAGCCUGGAGCCAUCAGCCUGCACCCUGUGGAGUCCAUCAGCGAUCUGCACUGGGCCUCGGGCGGGCAGAAGGGCACUGAGGGCAAUGGCCCGGCUCCCCCCAGCAGCCUGCACUGGCCCCCGCCUCGCCCCACACCCCCUGGCUCCCCACCGCUGCUGCCCACUCUGCGCCCUGUGCCCACUGCUAGCCUCUGCCCUGGCCACCCCUUGCUCCUGGCCCUGCUGGGGCUCCUGGCCCUGGUGAGCCUGGUCCUGGCCACACUGGCUAUAUACCUGAGUGUCCUGCAGAGCCAGUCGGUGCGGGCACUGGCCCAAUGGCUGGAGACCCAAGAGGAUGCCGUGCACCAGCUCCAGGCAGCCAAUGGGCAGCUCUGGGCUCACCUCAACACCAGCGCCGAGCAUGGUGGGCACCGCUGACCUGCUCCUGGCCCCACCACAGGCACUGGGUCACCAUGGAAAGGGGUACUGAAGGGCGGGAGGGGGAAGUGGGCAGCAGUACCAGCCCCACACCCCAUUCAGGCCUGGCAGCAUCUCCUCAUGUGGUGCAGAGUAGUAGCAGAGGCAAUUCUGGCCCCUAUCCUAGGCUGUGAGAGAAAGGGACAUGGCUGCAAGGACUGGCACCCAGGCAGUGACAGCCCUUACUCCUAACAAGAAGGCAGAAGGCACUCUCCAAUUCGCCUUUUAAUUAGCUCCUGUAAUCAAAGUCUUAGAAAAUCACCACCACAAAUACAUUCCUGGGGCAAAAGGCACUUCCAGAUGGCACAGCCCCAUGCUCACACGGGCAGCAGCCCCUGAGGCUGCACAGGCACCACU